CGGCGAGGCCGGGCCGGCGCCUCUGACAACCCCGCCGGGCGCUCAGGACGCGGCGGGAAGAGAAAUUUUCCGCUGCGGACGAAGCUUUCGCUUUCCUAAGGAAAGAACGGAGCGGCCGCGGUUCCCGAGCGCCCGGGCCGGGAUGUGAGGGAGGCGGUGGCGCGGCCUUGACGCGACGCGGGGCGGGGCGGGGCGGGGCGGGCGCGGGUCGGUCCGGCCAUGCCGAAGCGCUCCUGCCCCUUCGGGGACGCGGCCCCGCUCCAGCUGAAGACCCGCGUGGGGCUGCGGGAGCUGAGCCGCGGCGUGCGGGGCGAGGAGUACCGGCGGGAGGUGUUCGAGAGGACCCGGCGGCUGCUCUUCAGGGGUGCCCAGGCGUACAUGGAGGGCGCGGCGGCCGCCGCCCGUGCGGGGGAGCCGGGGCCGGCCGGGGAGGCGCAGGGCGAGGGGCCCCGCUGGAGCGGGCAGCUCCUCAUCGGCCACGACGGGAAACUGCGGCGGCGGCCCGCGGACAGGGUUCCGCCGCUGGGAGCGUCCAGAGCCUGCUCGUCGUGUGUGAGAACGGCCGACAUGAAGGAGGCGUGUGCGCAGUGUGACCGGCUCGUCUGCCAGAGCUGCAGCAGGCUCUGCAGCUGCUGUAACACGGUUACCUGCUCUAUGUGCUCCACUGUUGAUUGUGAUAUGCCUGUCUGGAAGGGACCACUCUGUGCUCUUACCUGGUGUUCCUGAUGUGAUACAGGAUUCAGAAUAUUCUCUUCGCUUGUUGGUCAUGUUAGGACACACUUUUGUGGGAUCAGAAUAGAAAUCAGUUGCUCCUUCUGUGCUUUCAGGUGAGUGUGAAUCCAUUCUGGACACACAACAUUUUCUUUGUGAGCUUACUAGGAAAAUCAGCCAGGCCUGAGGGCUUUUCCAAGUAAGAAAAUUUGCUGAUUCUGGUUAAGUUUUUUUUAAGCUAUCACAAACAACUUGUGUUUACUGACUGCUUGAAUGGUUUUAAUCUUUCUGUGGUAACUUUGAUAGAAAGAGCAGUAGCACACCAGGCUUGGAGCAGAAAAGUUUUUCUCAUUAAUAAAUUUUCCAGUACCUUCACUGAAAGGUCUUUCUUGGAAAGCAACUUAUCUGUAUGAGUUUAUCACCUACACGGUAAACUUCAUAUUGUUCUGAAUACCCACUCAGAAAUAGCUCAUGAAGUGGUCUGAAAAAUGGUCAGCACUCAGGGGUACCUCUCCAUAAACCAGUUCAUUCCUCAUUUUCUUUUCAAAUCACUGCAGAGCCUUAGUAUUGUUUGUGCUGUAAGAGUGAAGUACUGCUGGACAGCCCUUCAAAGUAGGUUUCUUUUACUGAUUUUGCUGUGUUUCAUUAAAAAAGCCACUUUUCAUAUGGCAAACUAUGCCUAAGAGAAAACUACAGUGGUCUUUACCUCGGGAAAAUGCUGAUUUGAGUGGCUGAUUUAAGAUUGUAGGAUAGAAGGAAUAGGUUUGACACACACAAGAAAAGAAAUCCUUGUGGCACAGCUAAUGGUCUAUUUCUCAAAUUCUUUGCCCUGAAGCAAAGCCUGCCACUCAUGCUUCCCAGUCUUCUCAGCUGUAAUUAGUAUGUUUUGGGUGGAGUAACCUUGUUUUACCUGUUUCCCUCCACUUUAGCCAUUUCUGUUUGAAGAGAUGGAAAGUCCAUUGCAGUGCAAUUUGAGAGCUCGACUUCUCCCUCAUGGGGACACCUUUAUUUGACAUUCUCUUGGAGGCAUUCUGGGUAUUUGCCUGUCAGAAUCCUGCAGCUACCCAAAGAAAAUGGUAAAUGCUUUAGCAAAGGGUGGGGGUGGCUGUUACUGGAGAGCAGCUCUUCAUAGCUGCAGUGUCAUGGCUUUGGGUGUAUCAGCCACAGUGAGGUGCAGGAUGACAUCCUCUCUAGCCUGUGUAGCACUUUGUAUAACUAUGCAGACACACUUUAAAAGCAUUUGUGCACUUCAGGGUUUCCUGAGGGGUGUCACUUCACUCCCAACCAUCUGUUCCAGCUUAGACUGACCAUCUGUGCCAGCCUGGACAUGCUGAUGGAUCUGGUUGGUUUUCCUGUUCUGCAUGUUUUGGAGCCAGUUAAAAUGGGAGACUUUACUGGUUCUUACUCCAGUCUUCAUUUUGAUCAACUGUGAAAUGUGUCUUAUCUUCAUUCCCAUAACAAACAAACAAAAAAAAAUGUCUCAAGUCAGGUGACUUGGUAGUGGAAGAAUUAGUUGGACUGUGCAGGAAUUCCAUAGCAUUAUCUGUCUUUUCAAAGCUCUAAUAGAUGAAGUCAGGAUAGUGGCAGAUCUCUGCUGCAGUUCCCAGCUGGUAUCACAGGGCAGAUAAAAAUGUUGCUCCUGUGGCAAUCAUUUUAAGCCACAAAGCUGAGUUUUAUGGAUGGCAAGAAGCUGUGGUUUACUGCACUUAAAUGUUAGUUUUAGGAAAGAGUUUUAAAAAUUGGCUUUGUUUCAUUUGAAGCUUUAAGCAGUGAACUAAAGUGUUUUUUCAGUCAAGUAUAUUUUUCGAUUGAAACCUUUAAGUAUGUGUCUGCCUUUUCUUACUCUCUCCUGAGGGUGAGACUGAAAAUAAUGUUUUGCUUCUAGGCUCUGGGAGAGAUGAGACAUUUUGUUUACAAAUGAUUUGUGUUUCAAACUAGUGAUAGAAAUGUUUUUUGGCUCAUUUAGUCACUGCUGUAUUUCAUAGAAAGCUGUCCUCUGUAAACAAUGACAUAAAUUUCAUGGCUUAAUGUUCUUAUUUGUUAUCCUCUAGCUGCUUGAAAGAUGGCUGUGCAUUAGGAUAGAUACCCAGUGCAGCGUGAAGAGCUGGGAGGAGAAAAGCAGGAGGGCUGGAAGAAGGUUAGAGGCUGGGAGGGGAAGGGCAGGAGGAGCACAGAACAGCAUGGCCAAGUCUUGCAUAGGGGAGAUCCUUCAUACAUGUGAGAAAUGGGGUUUAGUGGUUACCACAUCUGCUUCUCUGGCUUCAGAAGGUGACAAAACUGCCUGUGUUUACCAAAAGACUCAGAUAUAUUCAGGAAAGUUCUUUUUCUAGUCCUGCAGUUCUCACAUAAACAAUGGGAGGUAAGACUGGAGACUGCUUGUAAAUCUUUAUAAUGCCUACAGAAAAAAAAAAAAACAACCUGUGUGAAGGGAAGAGUCUUUGGGUGAGAAGUACAAAGAUUUUUCUCUUUGCCUAAUUAACUCCUCCUCACAAGGACUUGUCUGUUGCCACUGAUCAUUGAGCUGUAAUAGAGUUACAGUACAACACAUAGGGUACCCCUAGGACUGUAAAUGAGAGCCAGAGAAAUUGUCUGGUUUAUUAGCUGAGCAGAAAAUUGGGUUCAAUCCUGUGCUUUUUUGUUGUAAUUGUAUGUUCUUCCCCUCCCACUCAGUGCAAAGUGUCAAAAAUCAAAGUUUGCCUGCUGUUCCAAGGGAAGGAGAUCCCCUGAGGAGCCAGCAUAUUAUGGGUAAAAAUAUCCUCCAGUAACAAUUUUACAGAUGGAUGAGAAACUUCUGAGGCCUGUGUAUCAUUACUGGUGACAUAUGUCUCAAAGUGACAUACUUUAUGUCCAAAAGGAAGUCAGCUGAUCUGAUGAGGAUAAAACAGUUUCUUUUAAGACUAAUAACUGAGUCAGUUCUAGAAAUGUGUGGUUUCAUAGACACCAGAUAUUUAAGGAUAGUCUAAGGUGGUUAAUGACUGCAGUAGUCUCCAGUAUCUCCAGACUGUAUUAGAACAAACCCACAACGUUGUAAAAAAGCUCUCUGAAAAGAACAAAUACACUUGAGCCAUCUCCUUCAAUAGCAUUUGUCCUGUGCACAAAGGAAUUCCCAAAUAUUUUGCAGUUCAGUCCAGAAGUCUGCUUUCUUCCAAGAGAAAAGUGAGGCAUCCUACAGGUGAUCCAGACAGUGUGAAAAUUAAAAAUAAAUAAAUGUUAGCUCUCCA